AGAAAUGAAUUGCAAAGUUUAAAAAACCCUUUGCAGAUAUCAUCUUUGUUGCUCUCAACCUUCCUUUGCUGCAAUUCUGCUCUUUUCUUUCCUGCCUGCUAAUGGGAUUAAAGACUGUUUUGCUAACCAUGGCAUCUGGAGAUGACAGUCCUAUCUUUGAAGAUGACGAAAGCCCUCCUUAUAACUUGGAAAAAAUGACUGAUCUUGUAGCUGUUUGGGAUGUUGCUUUAAGUGAUGGAGUCCAUAAAAUUGAAUUUGAACAUGGAACCACAUCAGGCAAAAGAGUGGUAUAUAUUGAUGGGAAGGAAGAGAUAAGAAGAGAAUGGAUGUUCAAAUUAGUAGGCAAAGAAACCUUCUGUGUGGGAGCUGCGAAGACAAAAGCAACUAUAAAAAUAGAUGCUGUCAGUGGUUUUGCUUAUGAAUAUACCCUGGAAAUUAAUGGGAAAAGCCUCAAGAAGUAUAUGGAGAACAGAUCAAAAACCACCAAUACCUGGAUAUUACGCUUGGAUGGUGAAGACAUUAGAGUUGUGUUGGAAAAAGACACAAUGGAUGUUUGGUGCAAUGGUAAAAAAAUGGAGACAGCAGGUGAGUUUGUUGAUGACGGAACUGAAACUCACUUCAGUAUUGGCAACCAUGACUGUUACAUAAAGGCUGUCAGUAGUGGGAAGAGGAAAGAAGGGAUUAUUCAUACGCUCAUUGUGGAUAAUAGAGAAAUCCCGGAGAUUCUUGAAUGAAUGUUAAUCUUACUAAGUAAAGAUCAGGUCUUUAAAUUAAUGCAGUAAUUAAGAGUAUGUAUGUACUUCUCAGUACAGUUAGUAUGCCAUGAGUUUUAUUUUUUAGUUUCUCAAUGCUAAUGUUCCAAAGGGGUCAGGAAAAAAAUUAUGUACAGUCAUACAAAUUGCAAUUUAUUUUGUAAAUAAUGUAAAAUGUUCUAAAGCCAAAUGGAAAAUAUGGACCAAAAAUACUAAUGUUUUACAUGAAGAGCUUUUACUAUAAUAAAUACU